CUCGCCGAUAUCAUUCUUCCCAUAUUUCAGCUGACUUGUAGCCCGAGCAAUUUGCUGUAUGCAGAUCGUCAGCCGCUGCCGAUCGCCGGAACAACACGCUUCGUCUCGUCCUCCAGAUCCAGAUGACGCUGACUACGCAGAAGGCAGGCGACAGAGCGUGCAAUCAUUGCAAGCAUAUCCUCGUGUCGAAGUUGGAGUAAGAAGGCUCGAGAAUCCGGCGUUGCCGCCUACCAGCUCCCCUUCAUCCCAUCACUACUCCGGCAGGCAUAUAAGCCAUCAUCACUUCCCAUUUUGACACCGUACGGCCUUGCAAGACAGGCACUAUGGCGGGUGAAAUGCCAUUUCACGUCGCCAUUGUGGGCGGCGGUCUCUGCGGCAUUACUCUUGGCAUAGCUCUGCAAAGACACAACAUCAACUUCACGCUCUACGAAUCCCGCAGCUCGUUUACAGAAAUCGGUGCUGGAAUCAACUUUGGUCCAUCAGCCCUCCGCUGUCUUCGUCUCAUCGACUCAUCUUUGGGCGAAAAAGUCCUCAAGCUCGCCACCAGGAAUCCUCCACCUCACGAGGAGAUAUGGAGCUUCUUCCGCUACGGUGCACCAUGGGGCGAUCAUGCCGAUGGUGAGAUCUUCCACGAGAUUCCCAGCCCUCCCACCGGCAACAUGACCCUUCAUCGUCAAGAACUACUUUCCCUCCUCGCUGAAGAAAUGGGCCCUGGACAUGCCGAAUUCAACAAAAAGCUCGCUUCGUUUUCACAGACUUCAUCUCACGUCACGGUUAACUUCACCGACAACACCUCCGUGACCACCAACCUCCUCAUCGCCUGCGAUGGCAUCCACUCCAAGGUUCGAGCCUGCAUGUUCGGCCCUGACAGCCCCCUUAGCAAGCCCAAGUUCAACGCUAGUGGAGCGUACAGAGCCCUCAUUCCAAUGGACGCCGCCAUCUCCGUCCUGGGCGAAUCUGCCCGCCUGAGCUCCAUCUCAUUCGGGCCCGGCGGCUAUCUGAUUACGUAUCCAGUAUCAAAUGGCACAAAACUCAAUUGUGGUGCCUGGACGUCCCGUUGCGAAGGAACAGAAGGCGAAUGGCCGCACGACGAGUGGGUAGUCCCUAACCAGGGUGAACAAUUCAAACGCGAUUUCGGAAAUUUCGGUCCCAGAGCGCAGAAGAUUUUAUCCUUUUUCGACCCCAAUCCCGAUUUCUGGGCCACCCAUCAUCAUACUCAUCAGCCCGAAUCCGGAUUCACCGAUGGCUUGGUCCUCCUCAUUGGGGAUGCGGCACAUUCUAUGCCCCCUCACCAAGGAGCCGGGGCAUCUCAAGCAAUCGAAGACGCGUACGUUCUAUCUGGAGUCCUGGCACAUGUACCAUCCGUCUCUUCGAGCGUCUCGUUGUCAAAGAAAUUGAAAGCCGCUCUGCAAUCCGUCGACAAAAUUCGUGCUCCGAGGGCAAAUCGCGUGCAUCAACUCUCACAUCAGGCAGGAGAAGAGUCUUUCAACUUUUGGGACCUCAAACUAGAAGGUGAAGAAUUGAAAGAGUGGUGUCGGGAGAAAGAACAGAGGUUGAACUGGAUCUGGCAGGAGGAUAUGGAGAAAGAGGCGGAUGAGGGAAAGCAGAUUUUGAGAGACAAAUUGAAAGAGUUGGAGGGAAAUGACGAGCUUAAGGCUGAAUCAGGCUGA